ACAGGUCUAUAAACAAAAACCCUGAAAACAUUACAAACUGCACCUUUAACAACCUGAGGUCAUUUGAGGAAAGUGUGCAGUGUUAGUGGUGAAAACGGAUGAAUAAUUUGAAUGCAUCUGUCAUAAAUGUGAAUUAUUAUUAAUUUUUAAAAAAUUAUAAUUACAAUAAUGUAAAUGCAUGAAUGUGAUAUUGGAUAAGGUGGUAAAUCGUGCAAGCUCCAACUGAUAGAGUAUCCUGUGAUCAGUGUAUUGAUCAUAAAAAAAAAAAUAAAAAAAAAUCAUAAAAACAACGCAGCGUUUUCUAAACCGAGGAUCCACACAGGAGCGCGCGCGAGAGGAGGGCCGAUUCCCAAAUACAUUCCCACCCCCUACAUAAAUGCACUGCGUAGGGUGUGAACUAGAGGCUUGUACAUCCUACGUAGUGCACGACAUGUCCAAUGGAGAUGCAUUUGGCACCAGGAGUAAGAGAGAAUCGGAGCGAUAACGGAACUCCUCCAUUGUUUUCGUGCACAUUCCUGUCCUCACAGCGGGGCGCUCCGUCCGCCUCGCGCAUUGGCUGAGCGCAGAGCUGAACUCCGAGCGCCUGCGUCUCUGCUUUAGUAUUUUUAGGUCGGACCGUGGUGAGCAGUGCAGUGCUGGUGCUCUGGGUGGAAAUUGCAGCACCUCGUCUCCGCCGUUCAUCGUCAGCAUCCAAGCUAUACGGAUUGGACGCAGUCACGCGCAGCUGCGCGAGCGCCGAGGCAGUGCGGUGGGAAAUCGCGACAACGCCGAGGACUUUCUCUGGACAUGGCCAGUGCUGACGAGGGCUCCAGUUCCCGGUCGGUUCACCACGAAGCCACCGAGUGCAGCUCGGGACCAGCUUUUCAGGAGGCGCAGAAAUGGAUAGAGGCAGUGACGGGGAGAACGUUCGGUGAGAAGGACUUCAGGAGCAGCCUGGAGAAUGGCAUUCUACUGUGCGAGUUGCUGAGUUCCAUCAAACCAGGACUUGUGAAGAAGAUUAACAGACUCCCGACCCCCAUUGCAGGACUGGAUAAUCUCACCGUGUUCCUGCGGGGAUGUGAGGAGUUAGGACUAAAGGGAUCACAACUGUUCGACCCAGGAGACCUGCAGGACAUGUCUAUACGUGCCAACCUAACGGGUUCAGAUUGCAGUCGGAAGCUGAAGAAUGUACUGAUCACUAUUUACUGGCUGGGCAAAACUGUAAACGGUUGUGCGUCAUAUUGUGGUCCAACGCUUGACCUAAAAGAGUUUGAAGGCCUUUUGUCCAUGAUGAGGAAGGAGUGUGUGAAUGAGGAGCCUGACUCCCCUAAGCGCAGUGUACGAGACAGUGGGUGUGUGGACAACUGGGAAUCGGAGCUUUCCGAUUCGUUGUCACCUCCGAGGCAUAGACGUGAGGAUUCCUUUGACAGCCUGGACUCCUUCAGCUCGCAGUCACAGCCCACACCUUCCCCCGAUACUGUGCUCCGUCCUAACUGCGAUGAUUUGGAGGGAGAUCACAGGAAGCUGCCAGACGUGCUAAAGGACGACAUGUCUGCCCGCCGUGUCUCCUAUAAAGAGCCCCGUGCUGCGCUGCCGUUUAACCAGUACCUCCCCAACAAGAGUAAUCAAAGCACGUUCAUGCCUGCUCAGCUGAAGAAGAGGAGGAGCGAACGUGAAGAAGAACGCAGGAGCGGCAGCAACUCCACCUCCCCCAUUAGAGAGGAGUGUGUUGGCAUUUCAAGCGAGAUGCCUCUUGCCCUCCACUCCCAGAAAACUGUGACCUGGGCAGUUGAGGGAGAGGCGGAGCCUCAGCUGGAUGAGGUAGAAUUUAAGAAGAUGAGAAAGUUAGAGAAGGCGGGUAUUAAAGUGUUGCCUGCUUCUGCGCGAUACAGCAGUCCUAAGGUGACUGCCGUAGAGCCCGAGCAGGCUAAAUCUCCGUCUCCUGACAUCAUCCGUCGAUGCGAUAACAGCUUCCUACGGGGCGAACAAACGCACGAGUGGGACGAGGACGACGAUGAUGAUGAUGAUGAGGGCGAAGAAAGAGAUAGAAAGGUCCCAGAUAUCCAAAAGGACGACCUUGCGUCCAGGAGGGCGCGCAUGAACCGACCAAAACCCAGUGUCGCGCAUCAGUUCCUGCCAAGCUCGUGCAGCAGUAAGGACCGCGAGCGUUGGGAGGGAAUCCGGCUUUCCUCGCAGCACGCUGUGCUGGAGAUGUUGGAGAAAAUGGAGCAGGAGAAGAAGAGUGAAUCUGACACCACCUCCACUGAGGUACCAAUUGUAACUCGCAAGGACAAUCCCUUCCUAAGUCCUCAUGGCAAACAGAAAGCCCAAGAGGAAGAGAGUGAUGAGGAGGACAAGGGGCGGUCAGUUGUCCCAAACGUACAGAAGGACGAUCUUGCCAGAAGGCGAACUCGUAUCGGGUCCCUCCCCCAAAAGGGUCCUCGUCAGUCAUUGGCCCAGACUAGUAUCACUCAGUCGGACCUUGAGAAGUGGCAGAGACUUUCAAUGACCAUCGAGAACAGUGAGGCCGCUCCAGUUGCAGUGUCGAUCAUAACUCGUAAGGAGAACCCCUUCCUGAGCCCCGAGAAAGCAAGGGAGAAAGAGAAUGAUGAGGAUGAUGAGAGAGAGACAGAGGGAGGCGGACAGGCCGUUUUGCCUAAUAUACAGAAAGAUGAUCUGGCUAGGAGGCGGGGUCAGACUGGGGCCCUCCCACUUCGGGAUCAUCAGCGGUCAUUGGCUCAGACGUCCAUGACUCAGUCAGACCUGGAGAAGUGGCAGAGACUGCAGAUGAGCACAGAGAACAGUGACUCGCCCCCUCUGUGUCAGUCCUGCCUCGCUGCCUCGUCAGUGAAGGUUGCCCACAGCGACCCGGCUCGUUGCCAGGGGCGUUCCCGCGGUGACCGCAAGCACGUUGUGACGUUCGGGGGCGUGACUAAGAUGGAGAGCUUUUCCUGGGAAGAGGAAAGACAGGAAGAAGAGUGGAGGAAAGAGGGUGGGAAGGAUGAGUCAGAGAUGCUGCGACGCCUCUUCUCCUCAGCAACUGUUGCCAUGCCCACCGCUGGGAUGAGCUCAGGGCAAGAGAGAGCUGGAGGCUCGAGCACCCCGACCUCACCCCUCAAGUCCGCGCAACCCUUUAUUUCUGACCCCAAACACUCUUUGACCCUUGCGGAGCGUGAGGAUCUUGAGCUGAGGCUGGCUGAGAAAGUGAGGGAUGAGAAGGAGUAUGAGGAAGAGGAGGAGGAGGAAGAGAAAGAAAGACAGCCUGAUGUAAAGAAGGAUGACAUGAUGGCUCGAAGAACUGGACAGUUUCAGAAAGCAAGUGGAAAAGUGUAUUACCAGUUCCUCCCGUUGCCUGGCUCUAAGAAAGAAACAUGUCCAGCGGAUUCGGUUCAGAAAGAGAGCAAGAGUGCAUCCAGAGAUCCACUUUUGGAUAGAAACAUAAAAACGAAGCGAUUCAAAAUGGGACAAAGAGUUGAACAGGUGAAACCCGAGUCAAACGCACCAUCACCUGCUGCUCAAAAGGAGACAGAAGUUCUUGGCUCAACUUCGACUCGUGCCGAGGUUCAUUGCGGCAGUUUCACUUACCCUGUUUAUGAUGAGGAGUAUAAUGACAGAAGUCCCCUCCCUAACCCGGAGAAAGAUGACAUGCUUGCAAGGAGGACAGGAUCAUACCAAAAUGCAAGUGGGAAUCAGUUUAACGCCUUUCUGCCUAAACCUGGCGGUGUCGACGGCAAAAAGAAGUCUUUGAGUGGGCAGUACCGGUCAAACGUCAAAACCAGCGGGCAAGAAAAGAAAAAUACUCAGGAGAGUAACCAUGGCUACAAUCUCAACCCCACCCCUAGAUCUGUGACCCCGCCCCCAGCAGAUGUUGAUGACAUACCCAGAAAAUGCCCUCAAAUUCUGGAUGGGGAGAAAGCAGAUACAGUGGGCAUGAUGGGCGGGGAAAUUGAUGUUGUGGGCGGGGCCCAGGCACAAAGACCUUUACUUUUAUCUGACCCUGAUGCACGGCACACGUUUUGCCUGGAUGAUGACGUUUUCCCUGUGACAUUCAGUCACAAGGCUUCUAGUGUUUCUGAUGAAACCGAGAGCAUCAGUUUGACUGACAUGCGUGACGAAGAGGAGGAUGUGGACUCGCUGUCACCACACAGCCAAACACGACAUGAGAGGCUGCACAACCAGUACAACAAACUCAAAGAGGAGGAGGACCAGUGGCAGGACGACUUGGCUCGGUGGAAGAAUCGAAGGCGCAGUGCAUCUCAGGACCUGAUCAGGAAAGAGGAGGAGAGGAAGAUGAUUGAGAAACUGAUGACGUCGGAGGGACGUUCUCAUCGCAAGAAGAGCAUCAAAACUUACAAAGAGAUUGUGGAGGAGAAGGAGCGUCGAGAGCAGGAGCUGCACGAGUUAUACUGCCAAGCCUCGACUCCCGAAGAGAAAGCAGCCAUAUUACAGCGCUAUGCCCUCCGCUUCACCAUCAGCGACGCCAUAUUGGAGAAACUCCAGCUUCCAAAACUCCCAUCUGUCGCAACACUCCAAUCGGCAUACGCACUGAACGAAGAAGCCGAACGUCCAGAGUCUCAGACAUUCGCUGAAAUAGAAACAGAUUCUAGCGACCAGUACUUUAAACAAACAACACACCCUAUUAUGCACAGCCACCUCAACACUCCAGAUUUGUCACCUAUCGAAGACUCUAGAACUCCAGAUGUCCCACUUUAUUCACAAAUCCCCCUCUCAGUAGUCCGAGACUCCAAAACAGCAGAAGUCCAACUUUCUCCAGUCCGAGACUCCAAAUCGCCGGCAGUCCAACAUUCUCCAGUCCGAGACUCCAAAUCGCCGGCAGUCCAACUUUCUCCAGUCCGAGACGCCAAAUCGCCGGCAGUCCAACAUUCUCCAGUCCGAGACUCCAAAUCACCGGCAGUCCAACUUUCUCCAGUCCGAGACGCCAAAUCGCUGGCAGUCCAACUUUCUCCCGUCCGCGAUUCCAAAUCAUCAGAAGUCCAACUUUCUCUAGUCCAAGUCUCCAAAUCGCCAGAAGUCCAACUUUCUCCAGUCCGAGAUUCCAAAUCAUCAGAAGUCCAACUUUCUCCAGUCCGAGAUUCCAAAUCAUCAGAAGUCCAACUUUCUCCCGUCCGCGAUUCCAAAUCAUCAGAAGUCCAACUUUCUCCAGUCCGAGACUCCAAAUCGCCAGAAGUCCAACUUUCUCCAGUCCAAGACUCCAAAUCGCCAGAAAUCCAACUUUCUCCAGUACGAGACUCCAAAUCGCCAGAAGUCCAACUUUCUCCAGUCCGAGACUCCAAAAUUCCAGACGUCUCCCUCUCACCUUCCCUUGAUUUCAAAACCUUAGAAGCCCCUCUUUCUCAGAUCAGAACAACCAAAACACCUGAAUUCCCUCUCUCGCCUGUUCGGAUACCCCCUGCGCCGUCCAGACCUGUGCCAUUACUAACACCAAAACCAUACAGCCAGCCCAAAUUUAAUCAGCCUUCUUAUAAGCAAGUUAAGAAUGAUGGACUGGUGCGUGUGAAUGGUGACUCCGUUGUAGAGGACACAAGAGAGAGCCCAGUGAGACCCGUUUCUUUCACCCCAACACCACCGAAACCAAGUCCGUGUCCUCAGCGUUCGUCAGAAAUCUCAGCAGGAAGUGAAACCACAGCUCAGGAGUGCACUCGGACCUUACCCGUUCAAAAAAGCGAACAUGUUAAAGAAGAGAAUGACAGUCACAGCAGUCCAGUUACAAAGAGUACAGAGGACAAGACUUCCAAAACUCCCACAGAUUCUGAACUAACAGGAAAGCAGACCAUCCCUGCUCCAGCAGUGAAGCUCAACUGUGUGGUGAAGACGACCAUCGUGACAGAGCUUAGAGAAACACACUCGCUCCCCACAACAGACGCUCCUAUUGCUGACCAGAUGAGCUGUUCAGACGGAUUAGACCAGAAAUCUGAUGAGAUUUCCUUCAGUGAGUCCAGAAACGCUGACGUUACCUCCUACUCACUUACUCUGUCAGAUGGAUUCGACUUCACCAGCGAAUGUAUCGAAACCCCAAUCUUGAACCUUGCAAAGAGGGUCAAUCACUGGACGUGGGACCCUAACGAAGAGCGUAAACGGCAGGAGAGGUGGCAGCAGGAGCAGGAGCGCCUGCUACAGGAGAAGUAUGAGCAGGAGCAGCAGAGACUGAAGCAGGAGUGGGAGAAAGCUCAGAGGGAGGUAGAAGAAGAGGAAAGGAGACACCACGAAGAGGAGCGACGGAUCUUGGAGGAAACGGUGGCCCCGCUGACCCCGCACUCGUCCUCUGGUGUGACGGAAGCUCCGCCCGCUUCCACAACCCCUCACGACACCAUUGUGCUGUCAUUGGCUGACUGGGAGAGGAAACAGGAAAUGCUGGAGAAAGAGGCAAAGAUGAACCAGAGAAAUGGUUUAGAGCACAGAUCUGACCGGACAGAAGCGGUGUCACCUCCACAACAGAAUGACCAGGGGGCAGAACUUCAAGAAAGUCAGUCAGCUACACCACAGCUGCAGUUCAUACAGGAUGGUUCUUGGCGCUGCAAAUCAGAGAGCAGACAGGAGUGGAAAAAAACCGCCUCCCUGGACCGGAAUGUGAGCCCUUCACAGAGUCAGCCUCCCAGGAUGAGGAGGUCUGGGUCGUACGAAAACAUUUUAGGGAUACACACAUCUCCAUCAUCACAAGACACAUCACCCUCAUCUUCAGACAGGUCAGUGAGUGCGAAGAAGCUGUGCUCCAGCUGUGCACAGCCUCUGGGGAAAGGAGCUGCUAUGAUCAUCGACACUUUGGGCCUUUACUUCCACAUCCAGUGUUUUAAGUGCGGUGUGUGUAAAGGGCUGCUUGGUGACACGAGCACAGGAACCGAUGUCCGGAUCCGGAACGGUGUUCUCAACUGUCAUUCGUGCUACAUGAAAUCUCGUGCUGCUGGUCAACCCACCAUGUUAUAAAGUGUUUUUGCACCCGAAUUGAAGAGGAACUGAAAUAUUUGCCAAUCCCGCAGAAACCUGGGCCAUCUUCACGAUGAACACUCAAUUACACAUAAUUCUAUUUCAUAACAUUUAAAAAAAAAAAAAAAAAGCACAAAUCGCCUUUUGACACAAAGAGAUAAAACUGGAACGUCGUGGGGUAUUUCUAUGAUAUUUCUGUGUGAAGCUUACCGGGUUUUUUUCAAUUGCUGAUAAGCAUCGGUCUGUACUGAAGCCCCUUUUCAAAACUCUUCAUACAGUCCGCAUUACCGACAUGCAUCUUGGCCAAACAGUUCAUCUCAGCUCCAAAACUCACUCAAACCACCAAAAGCCUUCAUACAUGUCUCAAUAGAAGCUCGUUCGACCAUAACACACUGACCUAAAAAACACUAACAGGGAGCGUUACAUAAAUGACGAACUUUUAUCUUUAACGUUUGAAUGCUUUCUCACAUAAAUCAGUAUUUUAUUACAGAAUAAGAAUAACACCUUUUCACUUUAUUGACUGUACUAAUGUAAAGAAUGAAAUCAGAAAUGCAGCUUCACUAUCCUUUAUUCUUUAGAUAUCUUUGCAUAUAGGAACUUACUUGUGAAAACUAAAAAGUUUAUAUAUA